CUCGUUUAUGUUCUCUCUCUCCUUCUGUCACUCUUUGUCUUUUCAUGCCUCCCUCUCUCUCUCUCCUCCAUAUAUAUACAUACAAAUACAUGUAUCUAUAUAUAUAUGUUUAGCUUUAUUGCAUAAAAUCAUAUGAAAAAGACCUCUAAACCCACCUCAUACAUCCUUUUAAUAACAAUCACAGGCACAAUACAUCAUCAACAACAACAUCCUUCUCUUUUCACCACCACCAUGCAUCAAAUGAACUCAUCAUUCAACUACUUCUAUCUUCCCUCUCCAUAACAAAACUCAAAAGAAAGAAAAAUAGUACAAUCUUUCUCUCUUUUCCUUAACCUUUAUUUCAUCACUUUUUCUUUUCUCUUUUUCUCUCCCUAAUGGUUCCACCAAAUAACAACAACACACAAAAUCAUGAAAACCAACAAGAUUCUUCUUCAGAAUCCAAGAAACCAGAUCAACAACAACAACAACAACAAAGAGUUGUAGUAAAAUGUCCAAGAUGUGACUCUCCCAACACAAAAUUCUGUUACUACAACAACUACAGUCUCACUCAACCAAGACACUUCUGCAAAACUUGUAGAAGAUAUUGGACUAAUGGUGGAUCCUUGAGGAAUGUUCCAAUUGGUGGUGGUUGUAGAAAGAAACAAAAACUCAAAAACUCAUCUUUAACAUCCUCAUCCUCAUUGUCAUCCAUUACUAACUUCUCUUCUUCACCUUCACUUGAUUUUCAUCUUGGUGGCUUAUUACCCUUACCUUUACCAUUACCCUUCUCUUCAAAACCAUAUUUCUAUAACCAAUUCCCUUCAAAUUCAAACACUUGUGUUUCUACUACAACUGCUUCAAGUUUUCAUCUUGAUCCAUCUAGGACCUCAAAUCCAAUGAUGGGUCUAAACUUAUACCCUUUUAAUUCUUCUACUUCAAAUGGAAGUGGAUUCAUCAAUGAAAACCCAAUUCAAGGAAUGAACUUUAUGAAUGUAAACACUAGUACUACUACUACAACUAGUACUAGUCUUGCUAUUGAAUCGUUGAGUUGUAUGAAUCAAGAUUUGCAUUUGAAGCUUCAGCAGCAACGAUUAGCAACAAUGUUUGGCGGAGAUAACGACAAGAAAGAUAGUCUUAGUGGCAAUGAUUUGGUUUCUCAGGUUAACAGCAUUGAAAAGCCUCAACCUAUUUUGUUUCAGAAUCUCGAGAAUUCGAAGCCCGAAAUGUUUCAAGGUGAUGAUGGUGAUAUAAGAAAAGCAGGUCCAAAUCCAAGUGACUGGUUCUUUGAGAUGAAUUCUUAUUCAUCAGUGAUGACUCCUACAAGAACUAAUGAUAGUGUUUGCAUGAAUGGUGAUCAUGAGAUUGAGAAUGGAAACAACAACAACUGGAUUAACAGUGGUGGUGUUCAUGUUUGGGGUGAUAUGCAGCAGCAGCAGCUACCAUACAGUACUUUGCCCUAAAAUGGAUCGAUUAAGUGUAUGUUUGGAUUAGCGGUGACGAGUUAGAAAAAAUCACGAUGUGAUCACCGUGAUUUUGAAAACUCUACAAUGAUACUAUUACCAAAAUUAAUUCGGCUUAUUAUGAUUCCGAUAAUCUCACUCUCAAUUCAAACAUUGGUUAUUGGUUACAGGUAGAACUUUUUUUAAUCAUGGGAGGAAAAGUGAAGAAUGAAGGAAUUAAUUGAAAUUUAGAAGGCUAUGAUGUACUAUAUAAUUGUCUAAAAUCUAAUUUAAAACAUAUUUUAUGAAUUUGUCUUAUUUAUUUGUUUUUCUAUCAAAAUCAAGUUAUAUAUGUAGCAAAAGAGAAAUUUUAGAAGAUAGCAUUUUGUUGUUAAAUUCAUCAUGUUUAUUAUAAUUGUCCAAAUUUUCUUUUGUAUUGAUGAAUUUGAGCUUGAUGCAAGUUAAUAUAAUUGUCCCAAUUCUUACCA